CUUCCGCGGCGGUCGUCCGCUACCCGCUGCUCGGCUCGGCUGGGCUCUGCUUGGCCUGGCUUGAGUUCUGUCCGGUCCAGUCCUGCUCGCCGCGGUUCCACUCAGCUCGACUCAGCCCGGCUCGGCCCCGCCGCGGGCAGGAGGUCGGGAGGCGGCAGCGCCGGGCGCUGCCAUGCGGGCAGACGGCGCCAAGUGAGGGCGGCGGCGGCUCGCAACGCCCGGUAUUGCUCGUGGGGGCCACUGGCCGGCGGGGAGUGGCGCGUAGGGCUCAUGCCAGCCGCCUCGCCCCGAUGUUUCACUGGGGCAAGUGGAAGAAGAGGAUGGGAGCGAGCGCCUCCUCCUCCAAGAGACCCGUCUUCGACGAGCGGGAGGACGUGAACUUUGACCACUUCCAGAUUCUGCGGGCGAUCGGGAAGGGCAGCUUUGGCAAGGUGUGCAUUGUGCAGAAGAGGGACACUGAGAAGAUGUAUGCCAUGAAGUACAUGAACAAGCAGCAGUGCAUCGAGCGGGAUGAGGUCCGCAACGUCUUCAGGGAGCUGGAGAUCCUGCAGGAGAUCGAGCACGUCUUCCUGGUCAACCUCUGGUACUCCUUCCAGGACGAGGAGGACAUGUUCAUGGUGGUGGACUUGCUGCUGGGCGGGGACCUGCGCUACCACCUGCAGCAGAACGUUCAGUUCACAGAGGAGACAGUCAAGCUCUACAUCUGUGAGAUGGCCUUGGCCCUUGACUACCUGCGAAGCCAGCACAUCAUCCACAGAGAUGUAAAACCAGACAACAUCCUCCUUGAUGAGCAAGGUCAUGCCCACCUAACAGAUUUUAACAUUGCAACAAUCAUUAGGGAUGGAGAGCGGGCAACUGCCCUGGCAGGAACCAAGCCAUACAUGGCCCCAGAGAUUUUCCAUUCCUUCCUGAGCGGUGGGACAGGAUACUCCUUUGAGGUUGACUGGUGGUCGCUGGGAGUCAUGGCUUACGAGCUGCUGCGGGGCUGGAGACCCUAUGACAUCCACUCCAGCAACCCUGUGGAGUCCUUAGUCCAGCUCUUCAGCACUGUCAGCGUUCAGUACUCAUCAACAUGGUCAAAAGAGAUGGUGGCUCUGCUGAGAAAGCUGCUGACGGUCAACCCCGAGCACCGCUUCUCCUGCCUGGCCGACGUCCAGGCCUCUGCCUACCUGUCCGGCGUGGUCUGGAGCGACAUCAGCGCCAAGCGGCUGGAGCCAGGCUUCGUCCCCAACAAGGGGCGCCUGCACUGCGACCCCACCUUCGAGCUGGAGGAGAUGAUCCUGGAGUCCAGGCCCUUGCACAAGAAGAAGAAGAGGCUUGCGAAGAACAAGUCGAGGGAUAACAGCAAGGACAGCUCCCAGUCGGAAAAUGACUAUCUCCAAGAAUGCCUUGAAGCCAUCCAGCAAGACUUUGUCAUCUUUAACAGAGAGAAGCUAAAGAAGAGUCAAGAGCCAACCAGUGAGUCCAUGUCUCACCCUGAGCCCACCGACGAGGCUGAGACGGAGGCUGAGGCCUCCAGCUUGAACAUGUGCAGCUCUGUCUGCUCCUCGGCAGGCAGCAGCUAGGCUGGGCAAGGGCCAUGCCAAUAACCCAUCCUCAGGGUGUGCUGAGCACCUCAGGCUGUCCUCUGCUGCCACCCGGGAGCGCCAAGGAGUCUCUCAAAGCUGUAGCAGGAGAGGUCUAGUUCCUUCAGAAGAGGCUCCUGGAUUGGAUGGCUCUCCAGCUGGGUACCCGUGGUGGGUGGAGAUCCUCGCCGUGCCACUUGCCAAAGAGAUGGAUCAGCUUCUCUCCUUGUUCUUUUGAAUGCCAGGUUGCUGAGCUGCUCAUGGUUUGAAUACAGCCAGGUGACAAGAAGUGACAUCCUUGGGUACAGCCAGGAGGACACGGAGCAGGUGGCCAGGGAGGAAGGCUGAAGGGAUGCUUUCGGUUCUGCUUUGGUGUCUUCUGCUCACAAGGGUUGCUUCGGGGACAAGCCACCUGCUGCAUAUGUUGGAGCAGCCCCAGGCUGUGCUGGGUAGCACCAGGGUAGCCUCCUGGAGUCCUGAGCUGUUGGGAUCCUGCAGCAGAAGGGUAUCCCAGGCACCUCCUUGUCCUCUUCGCACCUGUCAGAGUUUCUUCCCCUUCUUGGGGCCAAUAACUCUUUUCUUUUGCACUCCCUUAGUUAUCCUGGGGCUGGGCAGUGACCAACCCUGUGCCAACGUUUGCUUCCCUCGCAGAGCUGCUGCAGAGGUGAGGAGCUGUGCCAGAGGCGCAGGGCUGAGCCUGUUUCUCUGGUUUUGGAGGACACAGUGUGACAAAGUUCAGGUUUGACAGGAGGCCAAGUGGGUUGCCUUGCAGUGCUGCUGGGUUCAGAGAAAGGAACAUCUGAUUUCACCCUUCAGUUGACUUCAUUUUCCCUGUCCAGAGCUGUCUAAACCUGACCUGUUCAACGUCUGACCCAAUCAGGCCCUCUCCUGGCCUUGGUCCAUCUGUGGACAUUGCCUUUCUUGUUCCACAAGCCUUCACUCUCUGAGCUGCUUGAUCUGCUGUAGAGUGGCUUUUGGUUGCUCCUGCUAAAGUCCAGCCGUGGGUCCUGCUGCCACAGAGGCUUUGCUGGGACUGUGUUCACUUCCAAACCGCCAACAUCUGUCGCUGCCAGAUGUGAGGAGGGUGCAGGGUUCUGCUGCCCUGCUGUACCUUCAUGAGGCAGAGGUGGACAGAAGAGGUUUCUGCCAGGACACAAAUGGAAGGUGAAACGGGCAUGGAACCAUUCCAUGUGAGAAAGGACAUGGGGUGUGCAUCUCCCACAGGUUCAUGUGGAAGUCAGCAGGUGGCUGCAUGCCACAGGACCGAAGUGGCACAGAGAUCUCCGAAGAAGAGCUCAGGUCCAUGGGCACAGCUCUGAUACAAUGGCACAGUCAUUUUCAGGACAGAGUCAGGUGAAGCUGUUAGAUGUGGCAGCUCUCACCAGAGUGGGCAGCAUCCAGCACCAGCGAGGGACCAGGGUCACAGUGGAGGGCUGCAGCCUCAGCCACACGUUCUUCAGGGCUA